AUGACAGCUCGUUCCAGCUCUAUAAAACAUGCAGUACUGCAGUUUGCUGGAUACCUUGACUCCGGGUCAAGCAGCAAAGGUCCUUCUCUACAGGUGGACUUUAACCGACACAACAUUAGCAAUGUGGCUAUUCUCACAUCUGGAGGAGGCAUCCGACAACUCUACGUUGACGGGACGGAACGGAGUAUGUCUAACAUGGUGAUGGCAGACAUUGAUAACAACGCUUUUGAAACAUAUACGUUGAGUGCAUUUCUAAGGGAUUCCAGCAUGAAAGAUAUUAGUUCACAUGCUGUAUUAUUGCAAUCUUCACUCAGUUGGACUACAACAACAUACUUCACGCCCUACAAACACGACUGCGGGACGUCACAUCUGGCCAAUGAAGGUGACAUGCUGCCGUUUGUUAGUUAUUUACAUGGACCAUGUGGUACCUUUACAACCAGACCGGGUCUCAAACUGCGUGUUUUUAUUAUCUACUCAAAUUAUCUUGAUUAUCAGUUGCUUUUGACGGAUACAGUAAAAAACUGGACAGUAGGUCUGAACUCGACGGAUUCUGUUUUCACCACCUCUACUAACACUGUACAGUUUCUCAAGGCUUGGAGAAAAAGAUGCAGUGGGUGCAGUGUGUAUAUUUACGCUGUAGUCAUGGCGGUGGAAGACGAGUUACCGCCAUAUAAACCUUGCCUUCAACUGGAGAAUGUUUUAAUCAGUGGGUCCAACACAGCAGUAUAUGGCCAAUACGAAGGAUACACUAACGGAAUACGAACUGACAGAAGACACCCAGACUACCCCGAUGUGGGCCAAGUAGGUGUCGACAUAAAAGACUCAGUCACAGUAGGAAACUACAGAUUGAUGUAUGUUAGGUUAUAUAGUGUAUCUCAUGUUCCACUGGUGAAUGAACUGUUACCAUCAUUCGCCAUCUCAAUCAAAAAUACAACCUUAGAUUCCAAUGACUAUGGAAUAAAUAUCUACAAUUACCGUGGCAGUAAAGAACAGUUAACCAUUGACGGAUGUAAAAUCAGUAGUACCAGGAACACAUUGUUCGAGUACCAUGUUAGGGAUGACAACCCCAAAAAUGUGAACAUCUGGUUUCAGAAUAACGAAAUAACUGACAACAAAGGGAAUAUCCUCGACAUUAGCGGUGGAACACUUGAGAUGACCGUAUCAGGGAAUGUAAUCAUGGGUAAUGGCUACAGCUCUGGGUCAGUGAUCAGGUACAGCGGAUAUGAAAAGAUAAUACAUUUCGUUAACAAUGAUAUAUCACGUAACAAUUACAAUAAUAUCAUAUACAUGAAUAUGGAUAAAACAACAUAUGACAAUAACGCACCAACCGUUGUACUGGCAGGGAAUAUCAUGAUUAACAACACCUAUUCAUCCGACACCAACAGACGUCAGCCAGCGAGACCUCCGUCAUCAGCUGCACUUGUCAUCAAUGGAUACGGAGAUUACCCGGUUCAAAAUAACACGCUAUAUAACCCGGGCCUACAGGCAGAGUUGUAUAUCGUGAUUCGCUCUACAAAAUGGAAAGCCGCCUUCGAUGCCAGAUUCAACUUUUGGGGAUGUGAUAACACGACCUGUGUACGAAGACGUGUAUAUGACGCACACAACGACAUGUAUCUACCAGAAGUGCGAACACUUCCGUUCGUGUCGAGCUCAAACGAGAUGGUGUACAUUCCUGACGUUACAGAGGGAAUUCCACAAGGAAACGUGCUUGGCGGGUGGCUGAACCACUCAAUAAUAUUGACGGCAAAAGAUUCCCCCUACUACCUGAAGGAAGACUGGACUAUUUUACACGAUGUUGAGGUGGUCAUUGAAGCGGGUGUUUGGGUCAUGCCAUCGAGGGACAAAGGCAUCCUUGUUCUUGGUAAGCUUAUUGCUAAGGGUGACAAAGAGAAGAAAAUCGUUUUUGGGUGUAGAUACCUUAGUGCAGCGUGUAACCAAUGGCAAGGCAUUGUGUUUGCGUCAGACCGUUUAAUUUCAGAGAUUAUCCAUGCGGAUUUUUAUCACGCAGGAUACAAAAGUGGCUACUACGGCUCCACAAUUCAGACAGUAAAAUCCAGCAUUGUUGUAAUCAAAUCGAGAAUUUUUGGUUCAGCUUUCAACGGCAUCGAAUUAGUGAUGCCGAAGGGCGAAAACAUAAUAAAAAAUAAUGACUUUAUCGACAACGGAGGUGUUGGCGUCAAUGUCAUCACAGUGCAAACGAGAAGUCAGGCUUUAGACACAAGUGUCCAGUACGAGUCGGUUGGAUGGCCUGGCGUAUUAUACGGAUUAGAUAACAUCUGCGACACAAACACCAAAACAUUAAGAAUCGAUACCGACUCUAUUUUGUAUUUCUCCAACAGGGACAAUUUUUUUAAUCGUUACAACUGUACCAAGGUCAUUAUAUCAACAAGAGGUAUCACUGCCUUACAGAUUUUACAAUUCAGUAUACGGUUUAACUACCUUCUUGAAAUAUUUGAAGGAAAUUCUCCUCUUACUUCAAAACGAAUUCUCCAUGUCGAUCAAAACGAUCAUCCCAUUCCGUAUGAUAUACCAAUCAACAGUACCAGCGUGACAGUCAGACUUGUGAACAGCUACAGAGAUUGGAAAUAUUAUGGAACACAGAGUAUCGUGUUUGGUGUGAAAGUUGGAGAGGAACUGCCCAUUCCUAAAGAGACCCUAACAAGAAGAGAGAUACAAGGAAACGUUUUUUCAAACAACGGUCUGGGUGGAGUAAACAUCACCACAGUGGGAGAGAAAAACAUUGAUUUUGCUAUUACAAAGAAUAUAUUCCGUUCAAACGGCCAGUCAACAUCCUUCCGUGCUGAACACUGGAAAGCAGCUAUCCGGCUGAACAUUGCUGGGUCGUGCAGUGUCACCAUUGCUAACAGUUAUCUAGUGGGGAACCACGGCGGCAUCCUUGCAAGAACCCACAGCCGGAGCAAUAACAUUAACAUUUGGAGCAAUCAGAUCGUCCGUACAACCCAGCAGGAGAGCAUACUGGUUGUAGUAGUAGAGGACGGUCCUCACACACAGCAGUGCAGUAUAGAUGGGAAUGUGAUACAGCACGGACAGGGAGAUAGGUACAGUAAUGUCAUCCACCUGGAGGGUGUGUCCGGAACCGUCACUAACAACUACGUCUACAACAACACAGGUCUACAUGUGAUGUGGUGGACAACACCAGCCAACAGAAACACGAGUGAGGUCACUACUGACAACGUCAUAUAUUACAACAUCGCAAGAGACGCAAACAACAUGGCGGCUAUAGUUGCUGGUGGGACAUCAUCGUUUCUCCAUAGUAACUAUUUUAACAAUCCGACAUUUAAGUUCGAAAUGACAAGCGAGGGAGCUUCUACCGCUGUGAAUGCGUCAUCCAACUAUUGGGGACCGCCAGGGCAUGCGCAGAGGAUACGAGACAAUGACACUGGGUUCCCCUUCCCUCACGUCAUAAAACAGCCCAUACUAGAUUCUAAAGCAGAUUUUCUAAAUGGGCCCAAGGUAACCCCAGCAUAUUUCCCACGACAACUCCCAGAACUACUAAACGACACGUUCCUGCCGGACACCAGAGAUUGCAGUCGAUUCUAUGAGUUCACAGCACGUGGAACCAUCCCUCGAGUAUGUCCACGUGGUUUAGUGUGGAACCCGGAAGUAAAAGCGUGUGAUGUACAAGGGUGUCUUCCAGUUAAGCAGCUAGGUUUGUGUCCGUUGGGAUGGUUGCAGAACGAUAGCUUAUGUUACCUGUACGUUGGGGGAGUGCAGUCAUUCUCAGAUGCUGUUGGAUCUUGCAAGAAAGAAUACAGCGCGCUGUUCAGUCCACAAGGAGAAAAGGAAAUCGACUUUGUCGCAGCCGUUCUUAAAUCUCGCGCAAUUGGACGACAGAGCUAUGGAAUAUGGACUGGAAAUAAAGAUUGGCCAAGUGGCAAGUGCUCACUGUUUAACAUCACUGCGGUAGAUGGAAGUGGAGGCACUUAUUUGGAAGAAUGUUCGCACCUUGCGCCGUUUAUUUGCAAACGUACAGCAGGAAGCAAGUGUCUCAAUGGCUGUUCGUACAAUGGACGGUGUGGUUAUAAUAGACUAUGCAUGUGUAACCGCGGCUGGGAAGGGAAGGACUGCUCCGUGUACCAUUGUAGAGACAGAAACAAGUGUGGACAGUACGGGACAUGUGUGGGACCGAACCAAUGCAGGUGUCAGCCUGGCUGGCAGGGUCGCGCCUGUUCAGUAAGCUACUGCCCCGUGUACAGCACGUGUAGAUCAUGUACUGAACAGCCCGGGUGUGGCUGGUGUGACCACAAACAAAGAUGUCUGCCAGGCCACGAGUCUCAGCCGUGGAGAGGGCAGUGUGGAACUUGGUUCUAUCACGACUGUUUCUCUGUAGACACGUACAUGGGAUGCUCAAGACAAAUUGAGUAUAUCGGCUGUGAGUACCGGCAGUGUAACUCCACCAUACGGUAUGCCAAUGAUGAGCUCUGUCACAGGUGUAGAGACGUGGAGGCCUGCUUUAGUGACGAUAUGUCUUACGGCUGUCGUUACUGGGACAUGGGGAAGUGUCCUCAUGGCUUGGUGAGGCCUGACUAUCACCAUGGCAACAGGGCGUCAGACACAACUCUACAUUCCCACGUGGUUGCAAUAAACCCUUCUAAAGCAGAAUUAUAUGUGUGCCCACUUCCAAGUAAGCCAGGUCAAGCCAUUAUUGUAUCCAGAGACAGGAUAAUGUAUCCACGGCAUAGAAACUUUUCCAUCGUCAGUAGACAAGCAGGAGGCAUAAUGCAUAACGUGCAUUCAACCAAGGAAACGGGAACUUAUAAGUACUUUGCCACAGCAACAGCAAAGUUGGAAGAUAUUAUCCGCUAUGCCAACUUUAAUCAGACCGUACCUGUACAUUAUCUUAUGGACGACAGGACCAUCGACCACGUACCGGAAGCUGAAGUACUUCAAAAUGCCCUUGUGCAACAAGGAAAAGCUGUAAAUGGUUCCACGGUCCGCGAGAUAGAGGCUACACAACGGGUCUAUAAAUGUCUUGGUCAUUGGUAUGACGUCGACCAAAGGCUCAUUGCGUCACAGUACAUUAUUCUGUUAAAGAACGUUGUGGUGGGAGUUCAGGUCGGCGACGUAAUAGUCGGUACUGUUAGCCAUGGGUUCCUGGAAGAUGUAGAAGACAUCGUCGAAGAAGCCGGAGCAAAGAUAUACCAUGGCCAACUGAAGACGUGUGGAAACGCCAUGUCCUUAGUGUCUAUCAAAACUCCCCCUGCUGACAUAUCACAAACAAUGUAUUGUCAUGGCGGAGAACACAAUGACAAAAGCCUGCACAUAGCUCAGCCAGUGACCGAGCAAGCGGGGACACCUGACAAGGGUGACGUCAUUCCUGGACGAGCAUCAGGAUCAUUUCUAGGGCGCGUGAUUUCAUUGUUUGAGAAAGGCGAUUACAUUCUACUCGAGUGUAUUCCUGUCCAUGACAUAAGCGACAGUGGUAUUUACACCAAUGCCCCUUAUACUGCAUUCCACCCAGGCAAGCGUCUAAUCACCACGUUGUCCACCGGAAGUGUUUUCACAACAGUAAAAAGAAGGGCGACAUUGCAGGCGCCAUCUAAGUACAAACACCAGGUGGAGCUUGAGAUGGCCAUAAGUGUGGCAGCACGACUGGAGCUCCACCUACAGUCUACGUUGCCUAAAGCACGAAAGAUGGGAGUCCGACUGGAUACCAAGUUUGAAUACACCCUCAACGGCAGUUAUGAAGCAUUUUCCGGACCCAACGACAUAAAGGUUCAUCGUCCAGUUCUUGGUAGCACACCUCUUGGAGUACACUGCUUGGAUCUGUCACCAGAUCUGUGUUUACCUGUCAAUAUCAAUAUAGCUGAGAUCAAAUACGGAUUUAUAGCAGAAACACAAGGGACGGGAGUGUUAUGGCGACAUUCAAAAGGGAGUAUUAUGGAAAAAUUGGGAGGAUCUUGGAGAAAUGGAGCAGAAGUCGUGCAUUUUCCUCGCGAUGCUGUCACUAAUGUCUCCAACACUGUCCAAAAUAAUGACGGAAUUGAAAACGUAAACAUCAAAGUUGACAUUGAGACAAAAUUAAAAGUGACUAUUCCAAGUAUUUCCGACAUCAUAACCAGCAGCUUGUAUCGGCCACGUGAUAUCCUAGACUUUCUUAGUGAAAUAUUAGACACUGGAGCCAUACCGGAGAACACUAUAGCUUUUGGGUAUGAACCGACUGUUGUUAUUACGGACAUCCUCAGUAUUGACACGUGCUCCAAGACGUGUUUUGGACGUGGUGGAGACCACCUGCUGGUGCAUAGGGCUGGAACUGGAGACAGCAGGGGCGUCCUGAAAUUGCGUUUCGGUACCUCGUGGAAGAUAUCCAGUGGUCGUGAGGAAGGCAGGUUACCCGGUAUUACAGCACACUGUAAACCUGCCAGUACUUCCACCAUGUGCCCGACAGAUUCGAAUUCUUGUUCGUGUACCGAUGGCAGCAACAGCACCAUGUUUAAAGGCGUCUGCCAGUGUGAAUUAUGCCCAGAUGGUAUAUUCAAGAGAGUAAUUACUGGCGAUAUUUUACAACCCACGUGUCCUUGCUUCUGUGCAGAUAACAAAGCAAGAGAGAUGAACAGUGACGGCAGCUGCCCGUGUGACUGCCAAUGCCCAAAUGGUAACAGUGGAUUCAUAAAACAAGAUGGCUCCUGCAACUGCCCCUGUCAGUGCAAGAAUUGCCAGUUCGCUCUGCAGAAAUAUGACGGAACAUGCGAAUGCCCUAACGAUAUCUGCCCUGUGUGUGACUCUGCCUACGAGCCCGUGUGGGAAGACUGUCGCUGUGUUUGUCGUGAGAAGACCCAGUGUGGACUGUACCCUGCCUGUGUACGAGGUCGACGUGGAGAGCAGUGUGACCAGCCGGACUGUGAACCCUGUAGUUUACAGACGGACAGUGGAUUACUUGAAUGUUUCGGCAAUGGAGUCUGCACACCGGAUUCCCACUUCUGCCGAUCCAGGUGCGUGUGUACCAGGUUCUGGACCGGCCGCUGCUGUAACGUAAGAGUAGGGAGAACCAUGGGAGGAGACCCGCACCUUUCAACGUUAGACGGUGUCGAAUACGACUACCAUGGUAUUGGAGAGUUCUGGUACUGCAUAAGUCCUGCCAAUGACUUUGGAGUUCAAGUCAGAUUCUUCGGCUACAAGCUGGCGUCCCUAGUUGGAGCAAUCGCAGUGAAAGUUGGUCAGAGCGUGGUUACCAUAACCACUCCAGACCAAGCUACAGCAAUGUCGUUACCAAUCAUCAGAAUUGACGGUUCACAACAGUCCCUAGAGUUGAACAAUACCAGACUAGAAUUGAGCAAUGGAACGGCCAUUGUUGAUAUUGUUGACGUCAGAAACAUCAGCGCUGGCGCCGUGAUGAUGAUCACGUUCCAAUAUAGUUCUGGUGCAAGUAUCACAGUAGGAGUUCACUUCAGUUCCACUAUGGGUCGCCUCUUCCUGAAUAUUGACCUUACCCCGACUGCCAGUUUUCUAGGAGACACGUCAGGGUUAUGUGGACUAAUGGACGAUAAUGAAGGCAACGACCUCACAAUGGCCAAUGGCACUCUUGCUGAAGACGCAGUACAGUUUGCCGAUUCAUGGAGGGUUAACGUCUCAUCUCUUUCUUCUGGCGGUUGGUCCUGGAACAGAUCUAACUUCCAUGUUGAUGACGUCAUGGAUCCCUCCUACACAGACCCCAGUCUAUACAGUCCGUCCUACAGCAUUGCCAACGUGUCCCAAUCCGAAAUAGAGGUGGCUAAAAUGGCGUGUAAUUCCAAGGGUCUGGAGGGUGUGCUUUUACAACAGUGUGUGUUUGACAUAGCUGUGACAAAAGAUGAGGCCUUCGCCAACUUGGAAAGAUAUCAAACUGGAUGUCCCGGUCACUGCAAUGGAAAAGGCAGGUGUGUCAACGGCUCAUGUGAAUGUAACGACAAAUGGUCGGGCCCAGACUGCUCUGUAGGUUUCUGUGGAGCAUGCGCAAACGGUGUCUGUGACAGCGGCUUUUGUGCGUGUAACGUGGGUUGGGAAGGCAGCACGUGUGAGGAAAAAGCUGUAUGUCUUGACGUUAAUAACUGUACAGACGAGGAACACGGUGUAUGUGACAAGACGAACAAAUGUCGCUGUGCAGCAGGGUAUAUCGGAGUUGACUGUAGCAUCGCUGCCACCUGCAGUAACGUAUCUGACUGUUCCGGUCACGGCGUCUGUGUGGAUUAUGACGUAUGCAAAUGUGACAACGGAUGGGCGGGGCCAAAUUGUACAGUCUUUUCCUGUGAAAGUUUGGCGGCAUGUUCAGGGCAUGGACAAUGUGUUGGAUACGACUUAUGCAGAUGUGAUUCUGGUUGGCAAGGUAACGGUUGUGCUCUACCAGACUGUUCCUCCAAUAAUGACUGCUCUCUGCACGGCGUAUGUACCUCACCUGGUAUGUGCACGUGCUAUGACGGUUACCAUGGAGAUAACUGUUCAGAGGUGAUAAAUUGCACAGUGCUGAAUGGCUGUAAUGGACAUGGGAUAUGUGUGUUCAUUGAAGGCAAUGAAAACCAUACAAUGUGCAAGUGUUAUGAUGGCUACAGUGGCGCCACCUGUGCUACUGUGUCAUGCUCCUCCGUGAACAACUGCUCAGGGAACGGCGUGUGUUUGGAGCCUAAUCUAUGUGACUGUGAACAAGGCUUUUCAGGGAGUGACUGUUCCAAUUUUUCAUGUGAAGCCCUUAGUUACUGUUCUGACAAUGGACAAUGUGUGUCAUUCGACACAUGUCAGUGUUUGACUGGCUGGCUGGGAGCCCGCUGUGACCAACCCGUCUGUGCUAACGUUUCCGAUUGCUCCGGCCAUGGUACAUGUGUUUCAGCGAACCAGUGUGAAUGCUUUGAUGAAUACGAAGGCGAUAACUGCUCUGUCCACAUUGGUCCAAACAUUCACAGUCCUUCCUUUGCACAUGAAUGGUACAAUGCCAGCAUACUUGAGAACACUGUUCAAGGGUCUGCCAUCAUAUUUCAGAAUAAUAUCACAAAUGUAAGUGCUAUAGACGCCGAUGCAGGACGAAAUGGCGAACUGUCGUAUUCCAUGUACGGUAGUAACGGCGCAGGUUUCUUCAGUGUCGACAACCAGGGACAUAUCCUGAUUAUUACUACUUUGGACUUCGAGAACCUUGCCCAGAAAGAGUUUAUUAUGACAGUAGUUGCGACUGAUAAGGGUGGGCCACCCAAAAGCGCUUCCGCCAAAGUUUCUAUCACCGUCCUUGAUGUGAAUGAUAACGCGCCAGAGUUUCAGUUGUUAAUUUUCCCAGAUAUUCUUCUGGAUGUCUCUGGAGCUUUAGGGCGUAUUAUUGGGACGUUUGUAGCAGCAGAUGUAGACAGCGGGUCAAACGGUAGGGUUCAUUACUCACUUACUGGUGAUAAAAACCCUAAUGAUACCUUUGCUGUCGACCAGGACACUGGACAGUUGACAGUGAUGCGAUACCCGGCUCAGUCUCGGUACGAAGUCUUCAUAGUAGCGGAAGAUGGAGGUGAACCACCAAGAUCCGCCAUCUUACCCGUCGUAAUAACAGUAUACAGGCACGUCGCAGAAACACCAAGCGGUGCCUUAACCUCUACAUCGACCUCGUCUUUGCCUGGAUUUUCAGAAACUGAUCAAGAGACAAUGUCAACAAAUAUGGAUGGAAUAUACAACCUGUCUGCGGCUUUCUAUGGCUCGACAAAGACGCUUAGUGAAGAGCACGGCGGCAUGACCACAACAAAACCAGCGGUAACAACACCUGCAAAUGGUACUGUCGGGCGGGCAACUUUCAAAGCAUGGUACCAAACGAUGGGAUUCCAAGCAGGCGUAGGAGUAGUUGGGGCGCUCUUGGUACUUGGCCUGUUAGUGUUUAUGAUACAACGCUGCCUGUGGCACCAGAAAAGAAAGGUUCGAGUGAAUGCCGUUAAGUAUGUCGGGGAGACGCAGGAGUGCACCCCCAGUGUCUCAUCAUUACGUUCACACUGGGAGGUGCAAGAGCUUGACAAGAAACAUAGAUUGCCACCGAACGCAAAGCCAGACGGAAACACGACGUAUUUGUCUCGGAUUCCUGGGUAUGAUUCCGCUGUCAAAGAUCACACGGAAGAUGUCAACAUUUGCAGUCCUCCCCCUGUACAGCACCAGUUUUCUUUUAGUUUCCGUCCAUCCCAACCCCGAAAAGUUUUACCGCCCUUGAAAGGCAGGAAUAUUCAACCUAUCGGACAGGAGUUUGAGCUCCCUGAAAAGAAAUAA